GAUCGCUCGGUGGCUCUUCACCAUCUCAUCAGUUCCAUCGGUUCCUUAAUGCAAAUACCUGUAACAUUAAAGGAUCGAUCCAACCGAGAUAAAAGAAAUAUUCUUCUCGAAAUGGAUUCCAAUGUUUGUAUAAGAGAAGUGAUAAAUUUAUUAUCGAAACGAAUCAAUGUGCCAAAUAAUUUUUUAAAAAUAAUAAUGUGUGGUAAAGUAUUGGCGGAUGAUGUUCAACUUCAGUCGCUUCUCCUUGGGCCUCAAACUUCGUUGACAGCUGUUGUUGAUGAUGGGACAAUGGUGUCGGCACAUUCAUCAAAAUCCCAUAACGAUUCGACGAGAAACGUAGCAUUUCGAGUGUAUUGUAAAAAUUGCGAAUCGGUUAACCGAGGUAAACUUCGGGUAUACUGCAGCGAUUGUUCAGCCACUUCGAUUUUGGUGAAAAGAGAUCCAGUUGAAUGGGACGACGUCAUUCUUUCUAAAAGAAUUCGUGCUCAUUGUGAUGAAUGUGAAAGAGAAGCUUUUGCUCAGUUUAGAUUCAAAUGUGCUUCUUGCGGAUGUGUAAGUUCAUUAAUAAAUAAAGAAAGCAAUGGUUUUAUUUUUGAGGUUGCUGUGCCUUUGACACAUCUACGAACAUUCAACGGUAAUGGUGAAUGUUGCAUUUGUAAUGAAAAAAACUUACUGGUUAUUGUCGAUUUAGGAUGUCAACAUAUUACUUGUUUGGAUUGUUUUUCUGCAUAUAUUGAUACAAUAUUCUAUGAAAAUAGAUUCGUUUUCAGACAUCCUUAUGGUUAUACCGUGACGUGUCCAGUUUACAAUUGUAGUGGAUGUGUUAAGGAUGCUCACCACUUCUACCUUCUUGGAAAGGAGCGCUACAAACAAUAUCACAAAAGAGCGGCUGAAAAAUUUAUUGCUUUGGAAACAAAUGGAGUGUUCUGUCCACGGCCUGAAUGUGGAGCGGCGUUUAUUGUUGAAAUUGAAACGCAAUACCCAAAAAUACUGUGUCCAGAGUGCCGUCGCACAUUUUGCGGUUUAUGUCGACGUUCAGAAUGCCGAUGUUUUGAGAAUGACGAAAGCAAAAAAACAAUUGAAAAAACUUGUCGACCGUGUCCAUCUUGUGGUGCACCCACUGAAAGGAACGGUGGUUGUGCACAUAUAAAUUGCGCCCAUUGUGGUACACACUGGUGCUUUAUUUGUGUUAGACCAUGGACAGACGAUUGUCAGUGGGAUCAUUGGUUUAAUUAA